GAAUAUGAUCUGCUCAUUGGCCCAGUCACGGUGGACUCGGUUCGUGCCAACUCGUUCGCUCUCUCCUCGCCAUUCCUCAAAUACAAGUAUGUGAUUGCUAUGGGCAAAACUCAGGAGCCGGUGUAUGAUCAAAUGUUUCACUUUAUGGGCCCGCUUGUGGUUAACACUUGGAUCAUUGUUCUCGCCUUCACCUUGGCCUACGCUCUGGCCUUCUACUGCAUCGUCAAGAUCAGUCCAACCAGUUUUCCGUACCACUUCGGCGAGUGUCUCUUCUUCCCAUUUGCUGCACUCGUCCAGGGCAACUCGUUACGGUUUCCAGACCGGUUGUCAAGUAGGAUUCUCUGCCUCUUUUGGUGGACCUUCUCUCUGCUUCUGCUAAUCAUGGUGACCGUGAAUUAUGGCGCCUACCGCGCAGUGCAUCGUCUCGUCGACAGCAUCACUUCACCGACAGGACUGCUACAGCAAAACCUCUUCCAGUAUGGCAUCCUCGAUGAUUCUAUCUUAGAUCAACGUCUAGGGUCGUCCGUGGUGGCUGAGUACAAACAGCUCUACACCAACAUACAUAACGUCUUCCAGAAUGCCGCAUUUGCCUCGUACGAGGCCGGUUUUCAACGAGUUAUGCAGGUCAGCCAAGAGUCCACGCCACAUAUUAAAAAUAUAUUUUCUGAACCAUUAAAGCUUCAUGAGGUAGAAAAUAAUUUGGUUAGUUCAUCGCAUUCUUCUAUCAAUCCAUACAUAUUUGUAUGUGUAUGCGCGUUUAUCUGUACCUAA